AAGCAUUUUUUUGUUUUUUCCGUGAGUUGGUGUGUACACACUGAAGCGCGUGCACACGGCGACAAUCGUGGUAGUCAGUCUGCGGAUUGCAGCGAAUUCGCUCAUUUGAAAAAAAUAAAACAUGGCUGGAAGAGGUGGUUAUGAACACGCUAGAGGAGGAUUUGGAGGUGAACGUCAUGGGAGGCAAUUGCCAACGGAACCGCCUUUUAUUGCGUACGUCGGCAAUCUGCCGCAAGGUCUCGUCCAGGGCGAUGUCACCAAAAUAUUCAAAGACUUUGAGGUGAAGAACGUGCGGCUGGUGAAGGAUCGCGAAACGGAUCAGUUCAAGGGCUUCUGUUAUGUGGAGUUCGAGACGCUCGAUAAUCUAGAGCGUGCGCUCGAAUGCGAUGGACGCAUCAAACUUGAUGAUUUGUCGGCACCGCUGCGCAUCGAUAUUGCGGAUCGUAGGAAAAAUGAGCGCCCUGGUGGCGGCGGCAUUGGCGGUGGCAAUGGAGGCGGCGGCGGUGGCGGCAUGGGCCGUGAUGGCGGUCGCGAUGGCUUCCAGAAACGCGGACCCCCGCGUCAAGGUGGCGGCGGUGGCAACCAGGGUUAUAGUCGGAGCGGUCCCGGUGGCGGCGGCGGCUCUGGAGGUGGUCGCGAAGCUGGUGGCGGCUCUGGUAAUCGCGGCGAUAGUAGAGGUUCGUACAAUGAUAAUUAUGGUGGUCACAGUGAUAGAAGUCGUGGCGGCGCCAGCUCCGGCAUGAAUAGAGGAUAUAAUGAUCGUCCGCUGAAUCGCGGUCGUUAUGGCAACUUCAACAACGAUGAACGAUUCGAUCGGAAUCAGGAUCGGGAUCGAGGCCAGCGUGAGGGCAGCUAUGGCAAUCAGUCGCGCGACGGCGAUCGCUAUAACAAUUUCAGCAGGCACCGUGACCGCGAGCGCACUCACUACAAUCCCAACCAGCAGCCCGAUCGUCCCAGCGGCGGCCCCUCAAUGGGUGCAAUCGAUGAUACGGAACGACCACGACUUCAGCUGGCGCCCAGAACUAUUGCGGCGCCCAUCAAUGCGGUGGCCGAAACCAAACAAUCGGCCUCCAUUUUUGGCAAUGCCAAGCCACGUGAGGAGAAGCUCAAGGAGCUGCAGAAUGGCGAUAACUAGAUGAUGGUGGAUUUCGGUGUUUUUAAUAUGCCUAAAUGAUAUUUAACAAAAAAAGAAAAACACAAAAAAAACCAACAAAACAAAACAAAAAAUAAUUAACAAAAACCAACAAGAUGUUAACAAAAAAAAAAAAAACAAAAACAAGUUAGGGCAUAUUUGAUGAUUAUGAUUUGUGUGUGAGAGCGGCAUGCAUAUAUAUAUGAAACGAAGAAGACGAAGAUAAGCUGCGAAAGGAGGGAAAAACAAAACAAAACAAAAAAAAAAUCAACAACUAAAAGAAACAUAAUUAAUAACUACGCUAUAUACCUAUUAUAUAAAACAAAAGCUAUGUACUAUGCAUACAUAAUAUACAUAUAUUUAUAUAUAUAUAUAUAUAUAUAUAACUAUAUAUAUAUGUACGAAAAGCAAAUAACAGAAGCAAACUUAACAACAGCAUCAACAACAAAAACAGGAAACAAAUUGACAGCGAGAUAAACCUUAUGGAUAUAUCUUUCGAAAUCGUUGGAGCAAUACAUCAAUAGCAACUGCAACCACAUCAGAAACAACAACAAUGAAAAGUCUUUAAAUGUUAGUCUGUAAGCAGCGAAAAGUUGAGAGCCGUGCAUAUAGCUAUGCUGAUUGAUUGAGUAUAGCCCAGAAUUAUGCGCGCUGCUAUUUGUUAGUUAAGUAAAUGCAUACAUAAACAAGUAACAACACAAAAAGGAAAAAAACAAAAACAAACAAAACGUUCUACAAUUUAAGCAAAAAAGAUAAGAAAAUAAAAAACAAAGCAAAAACCGAUUAAGAGAAAAAAACGACAAAAAAAUACAAAACAAAAACCAGAAAAAAACGAAAAAAAAAAACAAACUACAAUUUGACAAGCG